CAAAUUGGCCUGGCAAAAGUGCGUGCCACGCGAAUAUACAUAUGUGGCAUCAGCAACUUCGCGCGUUAAUUUAUGUGUUCGUAGCCGAGCGCAGUGCAGUUUCGAUCGAAGCUUUAAACGAUCAACACCAAGAAUAAUAGUAAUAAUAAUAAUAAUAAUAAUAAUAAUGGCACAGUUGGCGACGUUCGUAAUGGCUGUUUUGUUAACCGGCCAAGUUCUAGCCGACAUCAUAGUGCAGCCUGGAUACGAGCAUUCUGCGCAACAUUCGACGCAACAACGCGUAGCCACGCAACCCCCUGAAACCCUUCGACAUUCGGUUCAACAGGAUAAUCAACAACAAGAUCGUCAACAAGAGGAAUAUGUGGAUCCGGGCUAUCAUUUGGAACUUCAUCCGGUGUACGGAAAUUCGUAUCACGUUCCCAGCUACGCAGUGUUGCCGAUGUAUCCACACACAGGCGGAACGAUGCCAUCGAUGUCGAAGGCUGCUUACAAACGAUUACUUUCCACGUUGGGCAUCACCGAAGUACCUGCCAUCGUUCCACCUCAAUAUUACCAAUACCUUCCUCCGGCAGUACACAGUAGACGCAAAAGGUCCAACAGCGAGAAGCUCGAUAGUGCAGGACAGGGGAAUAAACAUGAUGAAAAUGAUGUGGCCGCGAAGCCGUCCCUAAACGACGACGCUAUGUCGGUGGUCGAUUUGCAAAAUCAAGAAGAGAAGCGCGUGAAAGCUCGUCACAGCGUCACUCUGUUGGGAUUGAAACCGUCGAACAUGCGCCCGGUGCACCAACAGUAUCGCACCUACGAUCCCCAACAAAUGGCGGGAGGUCAACAAACCUUGUCCCAAGCGAAUCCGCAAGAAACGUCGCAGCAGCAGCAACAACAAGCCGCAGCUACCCCUUCGCAAACCUCGAAUCCCGAUACCGAGAACGUUCAACGCUCGAUAUUUUUGCAAGAUCACGUGUCCCAGCAACCGCAACAAUUUAGGCUCGAGCAGAGAAAGUUCCCCGAGCUGAGACCGCUUUCCGCUGGUCAAUCGUCGCCAAUCGUGGCGAAAUCGGACGAUCACGUAGCAGCCCGAACCUCCUUGCUACCCAAACACUCCGGAGCUAAUAACGAGGAGAUAGUGGGUACAAAAUUGGGGGACAUCUACAAGAUAAAAGUGGUGCAGAAUCUGCAUCAACACGGGCGUGGAAGAAUGACGGAGAACGCGCCCAAGGAGGAUGUCAGUGUGAAUUUCAUUAAUCCGGGCAACAACAAUAAGGGGAUCGAUAAGAAUAAUUUAGCAACGGUGCAAGGUGGCGCGGAGCAACCCCUCGCGGUGCAAACUGGUACAGAGCAACUCGUGCAAGUUUAUCAACUUCCGGACGAGUUGGGGACAAACUAUGUACAAAAUCCUCAAUACAUCGUUCUUCCUCAAACUUAUCCCGUUAACUACGUCGGUAAUUACGUUACCGACAAUUAUGCAUCGACCGUGUAUCCGUAUACGCCUCUCUCGUACUCGCCGUACAAAAUUUGUUUCGAAAGUCCCGACAACCUACAGCCUAUCGCGUAUCAGUUAGUUUAAGUCCUUGAUUUUGCAAAUCAAACCGAUCAUUUGGUAGUUUAGUUAGCGUUGUAUCUACUAACGUGGAC